UAAGACCGAAAGAGAAACUUAUCAACGAAAUUACGCAGAGAAAAGUAGCAAACUGUUUGAAUCAUACCGUGCUUUGCAUCGUGACGUACACUUAUCCAUUUUGGUGUGUAAAUUUGCGGGUUUCGCUGCGGUUUCUGAAACUGUUGAUUAUCGCCAUGGUCGUCGACAUCCAAACCUUGGAAGACAGGUAUGUUGAUUCUUGCAGGAGACAUGGUGUUUUGCCUAGUUCUACUAUUUUGUCAAGCCUUUUCAAGGCUGAGGUCAAAAAGUCUUGCCAAGAGCUGUGCAACCUGGAGAUUUUAAUUGAUGACCUAAAGGAUAUUGAUAUUGCUCCACUUCUUGACAUGUGCAUGAACCUUGACACUUCUGAAAUAGAAGCUGUUGAUGUACGUAAUGAAUCAUCAUGUGUGUUAAAUGGAGAAUAUGCAUUAUCAUUGAUGCGUGCUAUUAAUCAAAAGCUUCGAGUAGUCGAUCUACAGGAUCUGUCAUUUGGAAAAGACUUCUUACGGGAUAUCUCACAAAGAGGUUUGGCAUGCCAAGUUUUGACAUUGAGGUGUUCACGUUUCCGGAAGCUGAACUUGAUGGGCAAGUUCAUGCAUAUGCACACCCUUAAUCUUGAUUUCAGUUCUUCCCUUACUAGUUUCCAGGAGGACUGUUUUAAUUGCAUGCCCAAUCUAAUGCGCAUCUCAAUGUGUGAAACACGGAUUACAAAUCUUUGGACAACUGUUGCAGCUCUCUCUAAACUUCCUUCUUUGAUUGAACUAAGGUUUCAAUAUUGGCAGUAUUGCAAUGAUGCUGGGCCAUCUCUUGUCUCAUCCAGUGGGAAGUCAGAUGGCACUGCCGAAUUUAGCCUACUUGAUAGAGUUCCUUUUAUUGGUGGAUCCUGCAUGGACACAACAGAACUGACAGAUCCCAACUUUAGUGCUGAAGAUCCCCUGAGAAACUUUUAUUCCUUUGAUGAAGAGGUUAUAACUCAUGAUGUUCAAAGCAUGGUUGAGGAUUCAUCAGAUGAUAGUGAAGUUGACUUUACUAAUCAUCAUAAUAGAUAUUGGUUGGCAGAUGUUUUUCCUGUGUGGAAUUCACUAGUGCCUCUUCAGAAUGAGUGGUUUACAUCACUGAAUGAAGAUGGAGAAGAGUCAUCGCGAGGUGCUUUUACUGGGCAUAUUGCUGAUGUUUCUAUGAAGUAUAUGUCUCGUCAUGCAUCACCAAUAUGCUAUGAGAAACAUUACAGAGAAUUCAUGAUAGCUUCCUUACCAAAUCUGAAAAUUUUAGAUAAUUUGCCCAUCAGAAAGACGGACAAGGAAAGAGCUACUGGAAUAUUUUCUCAACAUUUUGAAUAUCUUCCGUACAGAUGGAAGCACAAAGAGAGUGUUGUAAGUAUUUUACAGAAGAGAGAAAUAAAAUCAGGCCACAUUAAGGGGCAACCUCCUAAGCAUAGGUCAUCAUAUCCUUCCGGAAAGUCCCAAUAUUUUUAUUCCAGGUCACUUUCUGCUGCUAAAUUGGGGUCUUCAACUUGGCCUUUCUUGCAUCCUCUUUCUCUAUUAGGAUGUGAAUUGGAUAAGGGAUUUCGUCCAAGGCAGUUUGAGUACCAUCCAUCUGACUCCAGCUUGAUGGUCUUUGGAACUUUGGAUGGAGAGGUGGUUGUCAUAAACCAUGAGAAUGAGCAUAUUGUGAGUUAUAUCCCAUCACUUGGAGCAAUGAAUAGUGUUUUGGGUCUCUGUUGGCUUAAAAAAUAUCCCUCAAAGCUUAUAGCAGGUUCUGACAAUGGUUCCUUGAAAUUGUAUGACAUCCACCAUAUACCAAGAAAAGUUACUGGCAUAUAUGGUAAUUCUGGUUGUGUUACCUUCGAUGAAUUUGACCAGUUGACAUCUGUUCAUGUUAACUCUACGGAUGAACUAUUUCUUGCAAGUGGUUACUCAAGAAAUGUUGCUUUGUAUGAUAUCAAUAAUGGGAAGCGCUUACAAGUGUUCACAGAUAUGCAUCGUGGGCAUAUUAAUGUAGUCAAAUUUGCUAAUCAUUCCCCAUCAAUUUUUGCCACUUCAUCAUUUGAUCAAGAUGUCAAGAUGUGGGACCUGAGACAAAAACCAAUACACCCUUGCUUUACUGCAACCAGCUCUAAAGGAAAUGUGAUGGUUUGCUUUUCUCCAGACGACCAAUAUAUUCUUGCAUCAGCAGUUGAUAAUGAGGUUAGACAAUUUCUCGCUGUUGAUGGUAGGCUUCACUUAGUUUUUGAUAUAGCUCCCACUGAAAGUUCUCAAAAUUACACCCGUUCUUAUUACAUGAACGGGAGGGACUACAUCAUAAGUGGUAGUUGUGAUGAACAUGUUGUCCGUAUUUGCUGUGCUCAAACAGGGAGGCGCCUGAGAGAUAUAUCCCUGGAGGGAAGAAGCUUAGGAAGUUCCAUGUUUGUUCAGUCAUUGAGGGGUGAUCCUUUCCGAGAUUUCAACAUGAGCGUGUUAGCAGCUUACAUGCGGCCAGGCUCCAAGUCUGAAAUUGUUAAGGUCAACUUAUUAGCGUCCAGUGGCCAUACCAAGGAUGACUCUGAUGAUCUGCGUCCCUGCCCGUCCCACAGUAUGGGAGCUUGAUGUACAAUUUGUAUGUUUUGUGUAUAGAGGUUACAAAUGUUUGGCAUGCUCAACUUUGCUUACCUGUGAUGAAAAUCCAACGAGUGUAAAGUAAGAAGCAUCUUAAAUGAGCUGCAUCGAUCAGACAUCCGUGUGUGUAAAAGUAUAAUGAUAAGAUAAGAUAUGAUGAAAACUAACUUUCAUGUGGUCGUUGAAAUUCCUUUUGAACCAAGGUCCUAGUUAGGAAUACCCUUUUCAACAUAAAGAAAAGGAGCUGAAUUGACCGUUCUAUAACUCCUGGAUGAAUAAAGCGAUGUUUUUCCCCAUGGUAAAUUGAAGCCAAAUGUGCCAACUGCGGGCUAUAUGAAUAAGAUUUGCUAAAAUUAAUGCUCAAUUGGCAAGUCUUGGGGAUUCAUCGUAUUUUGUUUUGAAGUACCGAUGCUCCAUCUUUUGCAGCGGCUGUUGUUUACUGAUGCUAACUUGAAUAACCCGUCAGCUUAGCUCGGGAGGGAACUCAUGUUGUUAAACUGAAAAAGAAGAAGAGAGGAACGGAAUGAGACAAAGGGAAAGGAAGGAACUGGAGUGCUUCGUAUACGCGUGGGCUAAGAGCCUGAACCAUUGCAGGCUGUCUGUCUCUUCCUGACUCAUACAAUCCACCGACUCUGAGCUCUGGCAAAUGCUAUCACAAACUUCGUCCGACAUAUUUGCUAAACUCCUUCCUUCUCCAUCUCAACCAAAAUGAAGCUUCUCCUAGUCAGCCUUCUAUUUUGUUCCCUGCUCCUAAGCUCCUCUUUCAUGGAGCCAGCCGUUGCCUAUGAAGAUUCAUCAUAUUGCAGCAAUAAGUGCUCGGACAGAUGCUCAGCGGCAGGGGUUAAGGACAGGUGUAUGAAGUACUGUGGAAUAUGCUGUGCAGACUGCAAAUGUGUUCCUUCUGGGACUUACGGGAACAAGCACGAAUGUCCUUGCUACAGGGACAAGGUCAACAAGAAGGGCAAACCCAAAUGCCCUUGAACUCACGUUUGUGCUCCAGAGGAAGAGAAUGUGGUUUUAUUUGGCGUUAACCGAGUUGGUUAAUUAGUGUUAUCAGUGUCUGCGGCUCCUAAGUACUGUAGUAUGUUGGAUUCUUGUUAUCAUUCCAGUUUCCAAUGUCUGUCAGAUGUUAGAUCUUAAUAGGAAUAAAUUAGACAGCAUUUCUGUGUUUGGACUCCUCACCCUGCCUUCUCCAACUUAUAAACAAAUCAAAUAAAAAUUUAUGAAUCUCACUUUAUAU